AUGAGAGUUAUGGUGGGUAUGGAUAAGGGUAAGGAGAGCUUCUAUGCUCUGCAAUGGGCGGUGACUAACCUUUUCAGUUCCGGUGUGGAAAUGAACAUGGUCACACUGGCUCAUGUACAUCAACCGUCCAAGCGCUUUGGGGUGGCCCCUUCAGCCAUCCCUGCCGGGGUUGGAGUUACUGGUUUUCCAUCAACGGCUGUGGGGGAUUCUGAAAGGAAUGCAGAACAACAGAUUCCAGCUGCUGUACUCUCCCAGGCUUUAGAGAUAUGCACCAACAAGGUGAAAGCAAACACAGUGAUAGUGGAGGGGGAUCCUAAGGAUAUGUUAUGUGAAAUUAGCGAGCAGAUGAAUGUUGACCUCCUUAAUCUGGGCAGCCGUGGCCUUGGAUUAAAAGGAAGGAUCAAAAGGUGA